AGUGUUCUGGGAUUUGUAUUUUUCCUACAGAUGCAAUGCUCUGGCAGUAGCGUUAAGAUAUUUAUUACAGAAGGACAGCUCACACUGCAGUCAACUUAGAACACAAUGAAGACUAAAUUCAGUAAUAUUAAGUAAUUGCUAAAUCUUGGAUAUAUUGAUUUGAAUUUAUCAGACAACAUACCAUAGUCUAAAUCUAAAGCAAUUUAAAGCAUACGGCCCAAAUACAUCAUUGAUAUCACUAAAUAACAAAUCAACGACCUGUUUGCGGUAUAGUUAAUAUAUUUAUUUCAUUCUAAAUUUUCUGGCAUUGCUUGUGCAGUAUUUGAGUCACACGCCGACUGACGGAUUUAAACUUUCCCAGCACGCUUUACGCUCGUCCUGCUCUGUACAAGAUCAAGAAUAACCCUAUGUACGGGACAAAAUGUGUAAUUCACAUUUUAAACGGCAGCUCUAAUUUGCUGCUGAACCACAUCUAAAAUCAAGUAAACAAAAUUGAAUUCAUUUUGUUAAAAACUGGUCUGCGCUGCCGCCUUGCGUAAGUUUUUGGAAUUACCGCAUAUAGAUCUGUUUAUAUAGGUCAGAAAGGAAGCAUAACAUCCAUACCAACCUGUCAACAUUUGUGUUUUCAAAAUACGGGAGCUUUAAUAAACUUAACUCUAAUACCUGUCAACUUUUGAAAAUGCAGAAAUCGAGAAGGGCGGGGGGAGGAUGCACGCGCGUGGCUAAGUAUGUGAAUUCGCCUCGCGCACUGAAUGCAGACCAACCACUCUCUUUGAAGACAUGAAAGCUUUGCAAAAGGGAGUUUAACAGUAGAAUACGGGAUCAAAUGUCCGGGAGAAGGAUCCAAAAUACAGGAGACUCCCAAUAUUUGAUGAAAGCACCCUAUAUAGCAAUUGAAAAUAGUGCUAUUCAAGAGGAAGUCAAAGUCCCGUGCUCUCGAAGGUGCCGCCUACGAAAGCAAGCAGGCCUCACCAACCGCUGGCAGUUGCCAGACCAACUGGGCAGUGACUUUCUAGGAAAGUCCCAGGCGUUUAAAGCAGUGAGGGCCGGAGUAGUUAAUGACUCUUUGAAGAGAAUUAUGACAGCUGACUUCCCCUUGUAUGUGCAUGAGGUGGAGGUGUUCUGUGACCCUGUGCCUCACCUUGCAACGUCAUCUUGUGGAAGCACUGCACCCACGAGCACCAAACGAUGUGUGAGACUGCCUGGCUCGGCAAGACCCGUAACUCCGGAAGACCUUUUCCACUAUCACUCCAGAGGAGUGGCACAAAAAAUAGAUGUGGUACUUGAAUGUCUGGGCAGUUUUUGGGAACUGCAUAGCCCUUAUUUAACAAAAUCCAGAGUACUGACUGAACUGUUCACAUCAGCCAACAAACAAACAGGAAAAACCGUCAGUAACAGCCCAGAUUACCACUGUUUCAGCAGCAGUGACAAACCCCACAGAAAGUGUGCCAGUCCCCUAUCUCAGCGUUCCUCUAGGGGGAGGUACAGAACCAACUCAGACAGGCAGCUGCACCAGCCCAGGAGACCCGUCGUGCUGAAACUCAAUAUCCAGGACCCGGACAUUACCAGAGAUGCGCUGGCAGUGGCCUUGCAGAACCUGUACUUCUCCAAGCCUGAGGUGGAGGUGAGGGAGGCGGCAGGGGUCUUAGCUGCCGCAGCCGAGCUGGCCUUUCAAGCGCUUUUCCAGGGGUGCAUAUCUCUAAUGAUGAGCAGCAUCAGUGCAUCCACGGUGUGUCAGUUUCACUACAUGGCUUGUAAGUACAGGGAGGAGGCGCUGUUGACUGCCUGUGAGAGGUGGCUGGAGCUGAACCUUGUUCCACAGCUCCAAUCAGGAAUACACCUGCGAAACCUACCACACGACCUGCUGCAGAAACUGCUCAAAUCUACCCGACUGUUCACGUUCAGUGAAUACCAUCUCUACAGAACUGUGCUGUACUGGGUCUUCCUGCAGCUGAACCCCACAGUCCAGAUCAUGCCAUCACACAGCUCCAUCUUAACAUACUUCAUCAGCUUACCCAAGAAAAGCGCCUUGCUCGAGAGAGAUGUGGGACAGAAGUACUUGGCUCUCUUCCAGUCCUUGCGCCUUCACGGGAUCACAGCUAACAAACAUCUGGAGGAGAUACAGCAGAUCAACUUACUGCCCCAAGCCAGGCUACUGCACCUCUUCACAAAGCAUUACUACGCAUUACAGAGUGGAGGGGAUGUGCCUUACUUCACCGAUUUCUCCACUCAGGCAAUGCGGUUUGGCCUGCUAGUUGACCGGGAGCCGCAGUAUCGCACAGAGACCAUUUCACUGUACGGGUUCUUCUUCGAGCUGAAAGCUGCAAGACAUGGGGAGAGCACCACCUACAGCUUCUCCAUGAAGAGGCUAAAGUACAAUGACCCUGCUUUGUCAUUUCGAGCCUGUGAGAGGCACCCCUUCAGUCUGCUUCAAGGCCGGGAGAUACGAUACGAGAUCAAGGUCCAGUCCACGGUGGAUGGAAAGUGGCAGAUAUUUAGCACUGGGGUGUUGAGCAAGGAAUUUGGUGUCACCAAGAAGUCUGCCAAAAGCCAGAUUUUUAUAGUAAAGGGACUGAGCCUUCCCAUCUAUGUCAGUUUUGGACUUGUGUUCCCAUCAUUCUGAAGACUCGACGGGAGUAGGUGUGCUGGUGGGAGACAGACUCUGAACAAACAGACCUUUUACAUCAAGGGGAGAGCUGAAGAUAGACUCUUGGACUUUCACCUCAUUAAACCAUUGUGUCAUGUGACAAACACCUUUGUAGCGUUUACUGCAUUUGAAUGCAGGUCUGCUUCCUGCACAGAAAACAAGUGGCUGAUAGAAGGGGUGAAAACUCCAUUUGCAAUGCAGUGAGCUCAUGGUUGUGUCCUGAUUUGGUGAAUGAUCAGCAUAUAUUAGUAUGCCUUUAUACUAUAGUUGCUUUCCCUAUUUUUGAGAAGCCUUCCAGUGAGCAGCCAGUAGAUUUAUACUUUGUUGUUAGACUUUCUGGUGACCAUUUAAACCACUUUUUGCUGCAUAUUGUAAUUGCAACUAGAUAUCACUAAACCUGCACAUUCUAACAGUCCAGCUGCACAGCACAAUUAAAUUAUCUGCAGUUUUUCUCUGCCAUAUGCCACUUUUGGUUAUAAAACUAAUCUAGAAAUGACUAAGAGCUCAAAAAGACAAUACAUUGUGAAGACACAAAUCCUAUUUGGUACAUCUUGUGGUUACUAAAGUGAACUGUAAAGGGGUGAAGUAUAUGAGAUUGACUGCUGUUGCAAUGUAAUUGCAGUGCUGCUAAAUUUUGGACAUGCUGAAAUAUAACUGCAGUCUGUGAACUGUGCUAAUUAAAUUAAAUUAAGCAUUGCUCAGAAUUCUAAUUGGUUAACUUCUAAUUGUUUUUUUUUUUUUUUUUUUUUUUACUUAUUGCUAAAAAGUUAAUUAAAUUGGAUGUGACCAUUUGUGAAUGGCCAGUGCCUCUAAAGCCAUACACGAGGAAACAUGUUUCCAGAUGCAAUAUUUCCUCGUGUGCCCAGAAACCAGGAAACAUGUUUCCCGGAGUAGACCUAGGGUCCUAUUUUGAGAAACAUUUUUAGGAAACAUUUGACCUUUGACCAAUCAGGAGAGACUCUGUGAGCGUGAAUUCAUCGGUCAUGUGACUUUGCAAGAUGGCGACUGUUACAGAUUUCUUCAGUCUACCGAUGCCUACAUUAGUGCAAUGUUUACGGUGUAGUAAUUUCUGUUUAGCCGAGCAGUAGUUAACAUCAUGUUAUGUAACAUAAAAAGUGUAGUUUAUUUAAAAUAUUUAAUUUAUACUUAAUGAUACAUUUCAUUCGUGCUGUAUUUACCUGUCACACAUUUAUUUAACUGAAACAUUCAUAAUAAUUAGCAUAUCAAAAUAAGAUAACACUACUGCUGUUAGCCAGUUGAGAGGAGCAUGCAUUAAUAUUUAUGUAAGCACUUCUCAAAGAACGUGCUCCAGAUUAAUGUUUAUAACUAUUUAACAGAAGCGAUGAUGUAGACAGGGAUUUUAAGGCGAUUAAGUGAAAUUAAGUUUUGAAAAACUUUUAAGCAGAGGCUGAUGAGUCCGGUGCUGUUGGUUUACGUUUGGUUAUUAUUAAAACCGUCUUUUUCUUUUGAACCAGCCGCACCUUCUACGAAGUUUCAAUGCAAUUAUAAGUGCAGCACUACUCAGUGCAGUAAGGCUUUCAUUCACUUUGAAGUAUGCAGUAGGAAUGGCCACGUGCUGCUUGAAAGUUUCCCGACAAUGUUUCCUUGACAGUUUAUAAAGAAACAUAUUUCCUCAUGUGUGCUGGGCUUAAUUCCUUCAGGGAUGUUCUAGAGAAUCAUCACUUUGAAACAGCUCCUUGUGAAACGUCAAUAAUCUGUGCAGCUUUGGACAUAGAAACCAUCUACAGCACCUUCUAUCCUACCUUUGCAUGUACUAAAUAUGCUUAUACAGUAAUUGAACUAACAAUAUAGUAGUUUAUCAAGGCUAGUAUACUUGGAUUUACUUAUUCCAUGUAACAUGUUAUGUUUUAAUUUCCAUUGCUUUGUUUUUUUCUUUUUCUUUUGGGUACUAAUUAGGGUUAGAGGAAGCAGUGAAAUCUCAAGUUCUCACACAUUUCAGUAUUUUCACCUGGGCACAGUGCCAGGUAGGAAGCUUGAAUCCCAACUAGUUAUGUUGCUUUGGGGGAACAAAUAAAUAAA